AUGCCUGGGCCACGCUCACUUCUUGACAUGGCUCUCAAGCUAGCCAUCGACAAUGUUCAAGACAUCACCUGCCUGGACGACGUGCCACCAAGAAUUGCGAGCCAGAUACUCAAAGCCGUCAGAACACCAGAACACCUCCGCACGAUCGAGCAGCACAGUGGCGACGAGAUCUGCGAGCUCACCGCUGAACACUGGCGCCGCUUCAUCCAACGCAAGUACGGCCUUCUUCACAACAAGCACCGCUGGGAACCGAGCGACCCAAGAUCAUGGCACAAGGUCUACGAGAAGUACGGGAAACUCCAGAAGGAGUCAGACGAAGCCGCUACGGAAGCUCUCAGAGCCACGAUGGCUGCCGUCAACAACCAAAAAUCAUCACGCACAACCACUAUUGUCUCUGCCCAGGUCGCUCGCAGGCUUCCGGCCCCCAAGGCUCGUUCAUUCGGAACCGGUGGCUUUAGUGGAUUAAAAACCAGCAUCGAUCCGCCCAUGAAAAGAGCAACAUUCCUGCAAAAGGCCACCAGGGAAGCGAAGCUAGACGCACACCGCCGCAAACUCGCCAAGCCCUCCGUCAUGCUCCUAGCCAGGAAGACGGAGCUCACCAAGGCUCCUGAAAGGUUGCUUGAAGAGAAGCGAAUCCAAAAUCAGUUCGACAUCGAUUCUGCUUCGGUCCUCGAGGGCCCUCGCAUCAGACCCGCAACGAGCUCGAGGUCGCGAGAACAGAGAGACCGCGAAGCUCGCCUACUGCAAAUCAAGAACGGAGGAAAAAGUAGUAGCAGCUCCAGCCAUGCCCCCAACGUCUUGAGCUUUGACGACGACGACGACCUCGAUGAUCACCAUUACGACAACGGCCGUCACAGCAAGGGCGACUUAGGCGAGGACAUGGACGAUCUUUUCGGCGAUAUGGACGACGACGACGAUGCUGGCAGCCCACCUCACAAGAGUGCUUCGGCCCCUUCCAAGAAGCGUGGUCUUCUCUCAGCCGCUCCCGGUGCCAACUCCCGACCACAAGCCACUGCUACCAGUGCUAGGCCCGCCAGCAACACCACCACUAGUCGACCUCCAGCUUCGACAUCACAUGCUAGCAGGUCAUUCAAUUCCGGACGCCCUCAACCUGCGGCAUCACCAUCUUCAGCUAGUCCGUCUGGAAGUCCGCCUGGAGCUAAGCGCAAGCAGGCGAACAUUUUCAUGAAGCCUGCCAAGAAAGUUCGUCGAGUCUAA